CGACUAAAAAAGUUUUAAUGAAAACUUUACAAUGUAAAUCUCAAAUGUUAUCCUAUGAUGACUCUGUUUUGGGUUUUAAAGGGAAAGUUCACCCCAAAAUUGAAAAAUAUAUGUAUUAGGGGGGCUUUAGUGCUAUCUAUCCGUCUAUGUCGUUCUGCUGGGUGCUGCCUAGUUUUGGAGUUACCAGCUGUGGAAAUGUCGGUGUUCUCUCGAAUACAAUGGGACUGAAUAUAAUUCUUUAUGUGAUGAUUAAAGCACCAAAAAAUGCAUUAGAAAAAUUCAACAGCAACGUCUGUUACCAAAACUCAUGAACCGGGUACUCAGAUAAUCCACAGACUUAGUAGUGAGCAGUUUAAUGUAGGAACUACUUUUGUUCCCUACCGAACUCCACACGACAAUGGUAUCACUGCGCCGAAGAUGUCGCCUGGGUGCUCGUGCUUCUAUCUCGUGCACAGUGGUUUCGAUUGAUGUGUGGAGUAUGUACUUUAAAAUCGCAGGUAUAGGCUGUAGUAGUACGUAUACGGAGAUAAAUACAGUGAUAAAACGUGAUUCCAUAUUUCUAAAUAGAGAACUGCGGAGACCCAAGUGCGGGUAACAGGGGCGUUAUUUGGGGAACAGGCAAACGGAGAUAGAAUCGGCAGGCUAGUUUCAUAGUAAGGGUCACAGAUCCUAAGGAGUGACUCCUAUACAGGCACGGGAGAUAAAGGCUGGUAAUGAGGGGAGCGACCGGGGGAAACGGGGAAGAGACAGGGUCGGGACUGAGACGGAAAGGCAGCAUGUCAGGACUGGCCGACAGUCAAGACACAACACUUAGUAAUGGCAUGCAAUCAAUAAUACCCCGCACUGGGGGCAGACAGGCUUAUAAAGUGAAUAACAGGUGGGACCAAUCAGAGCUGCUAAUUGUCUCCCGCCAACAGAUGAUUGGCUGAGUGAACUGUCAGUAAAUUUAUAUGGCACAUUGCAUAAUGCACAAAAGCACCCUGCAAAGCCCUGGUCUAAACAGUGAUGGAGCUCAGCUGAAGAGGGUGAUGUGAAGAAGGUUCUUGAACACAUUUCUUUCUCUUAGGGCAGUCUUCAUUUGAUAACAAGAUCCAGGCCCUAACUUUGCUCUUAGCAGGACAGCAAUGACUGGGACCGUGUGCUACAAAGCCCUGUGGGAACUGAUGGCCUUGUUGGCAUUAGCAGAAUUCUCCAGCUGUGAGUUCCCUGUUAAAACAGCCUAUUCUCCAACUGACUUGAGAAUAAUGGACCCUGGGCGGCUGGGUCAGCUUCACAUUAACUGGACCGUGCCGCCAAUCCUGCGCAGUGUCACCGACUGCUUUGUUCGUUUUCAGCUUGAAUACAACAAUACCUAUGAGAACAGGUCGCAGAUUGUCAGAAUCAGAGAGAGGAGCUACAGUGCCCAGUUCGACUUGGAGAAGGAUAAUCAUGUGAAGGUCCAAAUUCUCAUUAGCGGGUCUUGCGUAAACAGCUCUACUGAGGUCCAAAGCCCCCCCGUGGAAGCUGUACUGAAUGCCCAGCGAAAAGGAAUCCCUGGCUCCAAGAUAAAUGACUCCAAUUGUGUUUUCUACAACUGGGAAUAUAUGGAGUGCAUUUGGGAUAAAGGAAGAGUACAACAUCCAGAUUACCAGUACCGCCUAUACUACUGGCAUAAGGGAAUGGAACAAGCUGAGGAGUGCCCUCAAUAUAUUGCAUCAAAGGGAAAAAAGAUUGGCUGCAGGUUCAACAGACAGUUUCUCAUGGAUUUCACAGAAUUUAAUAUCUGUAUAAAUGGUUCUGCAGAAGGGCAUCCUCUGCAGCCGGCCUAUUUUACGAAGCAGAUACAGAAUCUUGUGAAGCCAAGUGCUAUUACAACUCUAUCUUUGGAGUCAUUGUCCAAUGGACAGCUCAGUUUGAAGUGGUCACCAUCUGUUGGGAGGGUCCCUCACCAAUGUUUGGAAUUUGAGGUGGAAUCCGGUCCAGCGGGAGAUGGAGAUCUGAUGCAGAAGAACAUCACUAGAGAAUCAUCCAUUCUCAUCUCCAGACUGCAUGAACAUAUGCCCUUCUGCCUAAGAGUCAGAUGCAGGGUGAACCAUUUUUGCGCCGACUCACACUUCUGGAGCGAGUGGAGCUCUUCACUUUGUUUACCAGCUGAGCCCGGAUUGCCCCACAUCCUGGAAAGUGACGACACUGCUUCUGGCUUUAGUGACGGCCUAGAGUCUGAUGGAGAGUCACAGACUUGAUGCAGUUAUCAGGGCUGGCAUCAAGACAAUCUACAGCCUACUAAAGGCCAAGGCCAGAAAAGGUAAUGAAGAAAAGAAUGACUGAAGGAAGGAAGGAAUACCUCAUGUCAAACAUUCACUAUUUUUCACUGUAUUUGACUGUAUUUUUUUUUACUUAUUACAUAAGGUGAUGUUCUGAAACAUUGAAGACAGCAGCCAUAAAUAACAGCAGGUCUGGGAUCUAGUGUGAAAAACAUAAGUGAAAAACCAUGCUGUAAUUGACUAAUUUAUUUUAGGAACACUAUGCUUUGCUUAUAAUAAUAAUGACACGUUAUUGAUCCCUGUGGGAAAUCCAUGACACCUAUGUAGGGAACAGCAAGCUUGGCAGUGAAGGAGAGGCACAUGCAGCAGUGCCCAAUAUUAUUAUUUAAGUGGCUGUGCCCAUUCACUCUAACACUACUGAUUUGGUAACAACUUAAAUAGCCAUAAGAUUGACACAUGAAUCGGUGACAAUAGGAUAACCCAUUUCAGUUUCUGGAAUGACGAGGGAAAACAAGAGGGUAUAAGAUAAUAAUUUUGAUUUUGUUGCUGAACAUUUGUAAGGUUUGUUGACAAUUAAUUCCUUGCAGAGAGGAGGUGUCUCUAAACUUAAGUAACCUUAAUAAUGAUAGCUACAUUACAAAUUAUCCAUCAACUGCAUAUCCUGGUCAGGAUCAUGGGGGGGUGCUGAAAGCUAUCCUAGGCAAAACUGGACACAGUGGUAGAGGCUGAACAGGAUGUCAGUCCAUUGAACAUUAUUCUUGCCUAAACAGUAAUCUGUAACAAUGAGAAUACAGAAUGAAUUGUGGAUGUUUUUUGGCGGUAACGAAAGCGGUUACAUGGCGCCAUCUUGUGGAACUACUACAUAUGAACAAUCCCAGACUGUCGGGGAGAAUGAUAAUUGUGCCUUACUUGCUUACGUGGAUAUUUAAUAUAUAAGACUGGGUGAAAUUUGAUCUAAUGUUCACUUGAACAAAUAUUAGAAGGGUGUUUCAGCUGUCGCAUGGGUAAACUUCUUCCAAACCCACAUGUCUCAUCUGAAUUGAUGGGUUUAAUCAGCGCUAGCAGUAGUCUGAGUUGACGUUGCUCAUUCUUUUCUAGAUAUAUGUGGAUCUGGUUAUAGUGAUCAACUACUGUACUUAUAUGAAUCAAAAAGGUUGAGACAGAAUCAUUCCUGUACGCAUACUGGUUAAAUAAUUCGCUUAUACUAAUGAAGUCGUCCGCCUACAGUAUUCAUUUUUGGUCAUUUUUUUUACUUACCUACUUAGUCUUGCCUUAACCCGUCUGCUUCUGGCUAGCUACCCGAGGCUAAUGCUGUGUGGACAGAAAACAUGACAGGAAAAAGAAAGUCAUUUUCUCUCAAUUUGGAAUAUAGAUUCAUCAAAGCUUAUGAUAAACUCAUGAAAAUCGAGCCACUGAGAUGCAGCAGCGAAACUACAAUAAGC